AAUCGGUUUUCGGUGAAUAGUCUUUUAGGUUGUAUUAUCAUGGGACAUUUCAGUUUUUACGAAAUAUAUCUGUACAGAACUUAAUAGACCAUGUAGACCUUAUCACGUAUAUAGUUCGUGUUCGUUGGUGUAUUCAGAUAUUUGAUUCGCAUUACAACAAAUCAGGCUUCACAUUCUCCAAAAGUUGACACUUUCAACAUUUCAGUUUCAAUUUUUCAUUUUUCCACGACGAGCCGUUUUCCUUUUGAGGAAACCUAUUUUUAUUAAUCUAAAACUGUUGAGGAAAUCGAUCUUGCUAGGUACAUCGGGACUCGGAUGUAAAAUAGACAUGGAAGGAAAGUUCACGGAAAAGGGCAACGACGCUUUAGGUUUAGAUCAUUCAUCCACGUCAAUUUUACGACCAUCGGGCUGUGAUCGACCAUCAACAUCGAAUGAUACUGUACUCCGGGCAGACACGCAUCUUAAGGAACCUCGUAGCGAUUUCGACUGCGACGACGCCGGUGCUGAUAAGAGUAAUGGGAAAUCUCGUGUUUGUUUCGUCUGUCGUAUCAUCUGUAUUCUGGCGAGCAUUGCUAUUUCAGUAUUCCUCAUUGUGUGGUUCUCUGCAAUAGAAGCUGGCCUUCAUCGCCGCAACCCACUUCUGGAAAUGUCUCAAUCGGAUGUGUCGGCCGAUCCAUAACUGGUCAUCGAAAUGUUCAAAUGUAUAUAAUCGCAACUGUAUUCGGACUGGGCUUAUCAGGUUUACCUCAAAUUCAUUUUCUGGAAAGAGCAUCAGAUGAACAUAAUGGGAGAAUUCAAUUCUCAUUCAAAUUAGUAAUGUAUACACAACAAAAAAAGACCCCUUUAAACAAACAUUCAUAAUUUCCGAACCACUGGGAGUUUUUAAUAUAUUUUUACAUGAGCGUGUUGGUAAUUUUAUAAGCUACCGUCUUAGUGAAUGUUACGGACGUAUUUUAUGUCAUGUUUCAGUGAGUACCGCCAGAAGGCAAAAUUGUUACUUUUUAAAAGUCAUAAGCAAAAGUUUAUUCCAGUUUAUUGGAACGAAUUUCACAUUCUCACCAGGAAAAAUAGAACACUGGUAAAAAGUACUUUCUAAAAGACGAUGCAACUUUUUUGGCUAAAUUUCACGGUUGAAUAAACACAGUCAAAAUUUGCUAAUUUUGGAAUUUUUACACAUUUCUAUCUAUGAAAAUAUGGGAAGAGUAUAUCUUCAACAAUAUUCAUCAUUUCACGGCUCAAUGAACAUUCAAUGAAAAUAAAAAAAUACUAUUUUUUAAAUAUCAUUGGCAAAUAGUGUUUUAAUUUGGUAACUGAUAUUAUUUUCUCAACAUUUUUCAUGAUGUUCAUGACCAAUUAACAUGUUUCAAUGAAAGGCGUUUAAUUAAACAUUCACGCUUGAAUAAACAUGUGGAAUGUGAUGAGCUCUUUUUUACGUUAUUGGAAAAAAUGCAAUUGCUAAUAAUGGAUAUCUGUCACAAACCUCCUUGCUUAGUUAAUUUGAUUUUAUUUUUAUGAAAAUCCCGAUGUUUAAUGCUUCAGUGAGCACACAAUAUUCGAAAAUUGUGCAAAUUAGAUAAAUUAGAAAGUUAAAGGCCUUGGCCUCACUCUAUGCCGUAUCGAAUGGUUAUUUGUGUACACUAUGGGUGCAUAUGUUUUUUUUUUUCAAAGCUGUUUUGAGCAGUAUCAUUUGGCAGUAAUGUUUAUCAACCUAUGGACAGAAUUCUAUGCUAAAAUGAAAUCGAUUAUUUUGUUUAUUUAUGGAUGAGUGAGCACGCCUCCAAGGGGAAAGGGGGCAUUUUUAAUGUCACAGACUCAUUUUGAGGGGUUAUAAAGUGAAUAAUGUGGGCAAAUUCGGUUUUAAAUGUAACUGAUUUUGUGUUGUUUUUAUCAACCAUCCCGAACUUUUUACACUUUCAUGGUUGAGCGAGCACACUCAAACUUAGGAAUUGAUACUCUUUUUUACUGCAUAAGACUGUAUUCUUUUCCUUAGAAUUUCUCAGGAUCAGUUGAAUUUAUGGACAAAUCAGUGGUGGAUCCAGAAUUUGAAAGUGGGGAGGUGCCGAGAAAUUGGGGAAGGGGAGCCACUAACAUUUUCAAAUGUUAACAAGUUACAGGGGAUACUUCCAUAAACCCCUUUGAUGAUACGUCACAAAAAGAAUGUGCUCACUCAACCAUGAACAUACGUUAUCAAUUUUUUUUGUGGCGUGUCUAAAUGCUGGAUAGUAAAGCAGCUUUAACACCAUGAAAUUCACCAAAAAACAACCUUUGCCCAACUUUGUCAUGUGUGUAUUUACACAAUCUGAAAACGACUCUUGUGGCUUUAAAAAAUUGUCAUUUUUAAUUCAAUCUUUGAUUACUCAUGCAUGACCCAACCGAUCCAUCUCAUUUCCCCCCAGGAGUUGCUUAAUGUGUGUAAAAACCACCUACGAAAUAUUAUAUUUCAAAAUUUUUCCGUUCAAAAGUAACAGCACUUUAAUUUAGGGGGGGGGGGACUUACUUUUUUGUGUGUAUAUAAGUAGAAAAUUGGUCAU